AUGUCUCUCAAGCCCAUCACCCUCUACAGCCACGCCUCCGGCCCCAACCCCUGGAAGGUGGUCACCGUCCUAGAGGACCUCCAACUCCCCUACGAAACCAAGUACAUCCCCUUCUCGGAAGUCAAGCAGGAGCCCUUCAUCUCCAUCAACCCCAACGGGCGGGUCCCCGCGAUCGAGGACCCCAACACGGGCAUCACCCUGUGGGAGUCCGGCGCCAUCGUCGAGUACCUGGUCGAGACCUACGACAAGGACCACACCAUCAGCUUUGCGUCCGGCACGCCCGAGUACUACCAGGCCAAGCAGUGGCUGCACUUCCAGAUGUCCGGCCAGGGUCCCUACUUCGGCCAGUUCGUCUGGUUCUCGGUCUACCACCCCGAGAAGAUCCAGAGUGCCCAGGACCGCUACUUGAACGAAAUCCGUCGUGUGUCGGGCGUGCUUAACAGCGUUCUGAAGGAUCGCGAGUGGCUUGUCGGGAACAAGUAUAGCUUUGUUGAUGCCGCCUUUGUGCCGUGGUAUGGAUUCGUGCCCAAGUUGACCGGCGAUGCGAUUGAUUUGGACAAGGAUUACCCUCAUCUCAAGGCCUGGCUGGAUCGACUCCAUGCCCGGCCAUCUGUGGCCAAGUCGAUCAAGGAGCGCGCUGAAGCCACGGCCACUGUCCAACGGUAA